GUGGUGUGGUGAUGAGUGUGUCUGCAUGCCCAGCAUCCUCCAUAACAAGCUUCCAACUUGGUCCUGUGUGACUCCUAUUCACGCAGGCAGGCUUUGCUUUCUACUUUCCUGUCACACUUUGUGCAAAUGCUUGAGUCAAUCUGGAAUUACAGUUUGUAUUAUUUUUUUUAAAAGAGACAGAGAAACAUUUGACCACUUUUCCUUUUACGCACAAGGAGCAUGCGCUUCUUGGAGAGGUGACUUUAUCCAAAGUCCAGCUGGUACAUAUUUCCUUUUUUUAUAAUUAAUGUGCCAGCUUCUGAGAUGGCAAAACCUUUAGAUCAUAUCAAAAGACCCAUGAAUGCGUUCAUGGUGUGGUCAAGAGGCCAGAGGAGGAAAAUGGCCCAGGAGAACCCAAAGAUGCACAACUCAGAGAUCAGCAAGAGACUGGGCGCAGAGUGGAAGCUGCUCUCCGACUCGGAGAAGCGCCCUUACAUCGACGAGGCCAAGAGGCUGCGGGCUCAGCACAUGAACGAGCACCCGGACUACAAGUACCGACCCCGGCGCAAACCCAAGAGCCUCCUGAAGAGGGACCGCUUCGUUUUCCCGUCUUUACUCGGGGACGUAGAGCAUUUGAAGCGAUUUUCCAUGGACUCCUUCCUUAUCCCCGGGGAUAAAACCAGAGCUUUCUUCGCUCCCGUCUCCUCCUCCUCCUCCUCCCCUUCUUCCUUCUCGCUGCUGGAGCCCAUGGCGCAGUUCAGCACCGGAGCUUUCCAGCGCAUGGCGCAUGAGAUCCCGCACGCUCUGGCGGCCGGCGCUCUGCCCUACAGCGCGCACAGUUUCGGAUACCAGACUGCCGGAGGGCUCGGGGCUCUGGCCUGCCACGGACAGCACUCCCACAGCCACCCGUCCCCCUCUGGCCCCGGGUACGUGGUGCCAUGUAACUGUAGCGCCUGGUCCGCAGCCGGGUUACAGCCGCAGGUCGCCUACAUCCUCUUCCCUGGAGGGGUGCCCAAGGGCGGCAUGGACUCGUACACUUCCCCCAGCUCCAGUGUGUGACACGCGGGCACAACAUGGGGGAAAGUUUGCACAUACAGGAACUCUCCAUUAAAUAUGAGAAAAAUAACCAGAACAAUACAUGUUUCUAUCCUGAACAUAUCACAGCCAAAUAAGAUAUGGAUAUAAUAUUUCAAAAUGUCAGAAAUGCUGCAUACUGAGAACCAAAAACACUUAGUCUCCAUAGCUACCAGGUUAAUGCACAGUAAAGAUUUUUGUUAAAUAUGUUAUUUAUACUCUUUUGAGAAAUGCAACUUCAAAAUAAAAUUCACAGGCACACUUUCUAUAUAACUGAUAACAAAUCCACACUGCAGUCACUUAAAUUAAAAGCUGAUGAGAAUGUAUUGUUCUUUUGACCCAGGCAUAAAAAACACUUCACUUCUAAAUAAUAAUGAGACAUUUAACUUGGAGGCACCUGUGAAAACAGCAACAUAUUAUUAUUCAUAGGCUACAUUAAUUCAUUUGGACAGUAACACCUG